UCCAUGUAAUAUAAAAAGGGGAGAGAAAGAAAGAAAGCCCUAAAAGCUAUGCCCUUCAUUGCAAGUCACUAAAAGUUAGACCACCCAGACCCUCACGCUGCUGUUUAUCGUUUUCUAGUAUAUUUGUAUGGCAAUUGUGCCCUCAAGAAUGAGCCAACAAGAUGAGAGCAGCAACACCACCACCACCAACAACAAUAAUCAUCAUCGUCGUCACGAGGAAGACGACGAGGAAACCGACGACCAUGAACACGACGUUGUCAUGCCCGGAUUCCGCUUCCACCCCACGGAGGAAGAACUUGUCGAGUUCUACCUUCGCCGUAAGGUGGAGGGCAAGCCUUUCAACGUUGAGCUCAUCACCUUUCUUGAUCUUUAUCGCUACGACCCAUGGGAACUUCCUGCAUUGGCGGCUAUAGGGGAGAAGGAGUGGUACUUCUAUGUGCCGAGAGACCGGAAAUAUAGGAACGGGGACAGACCGAACAGGGUGACAACGUCGGGGUACUGGAAGGCCACCGGCGCCGACAGGGUGAUCCGGAGUGAGAAUUUCCGGUCGAUUGGGCUGAAGAAGACGCUGGUUUUCUACACCGGCAAAGCCCCCAAAGGGAUCCGGACUAGCUGGAUUAUGAACGAGUACCGCUUGCCUCACCACGACACUGAACGCUUACAAAAGGCUGAAAUUUCUCUUUGCCGAGUCUACAAACGAGCCGGAGUGGAAGACCACCUGCCGCUGCCGCGCAGCCUUCCCACGGCGAGAGCCACCGCGUCCACAUGCCGACCUCCGCCGCACGCGGCCAAGAAGCCGCCGCACCACCACUCCCUACCGCCCUUUGAGUUUCCCAGAACCACCGCCAACAUGGAAGCCGCCGCCACGUCUCUCGUCCUCUCCCAACCCACAAAUUCAAUGAACUCAUACACCCCCGCCCCGCCGCCACCUUUGGCGGUGGCGGCUUCCGAAGAAGAAAAACUGCUCCUAACUUCUCCCGCCGUCGUCUUCCCCGGCGGCUCUUCCUCUCCGGCGCCCUUCGCCGCCGUGGAUGACCUCCAUAGGCUAGUGAACUUACACCAAGCCGCCGCCGCACCCCAACAUUUUCUCACGCCCCAAUUCCCUCCUUUGCAUUUGCAGCCGCCGUUAAGUUUCCCCGAUAGGCUGUGGGAUUGGAGCUCACUGGCGGCGGAGCAAAACAAGGACUAUGGAGCCGCCAACCCAUUCAAGUAAUUUAAUUAAUAUAUAUAUAAUAUCAAAUAAUGCAUUGCACAUAUAUUAUUGCUUACCUUAUUUCUAUAUAUAUAAAUAUGUACAUUUAUGGAUAUGCUUUUAUCUCUACUAAUUUGUUUUUUAAUGUGACAUGUUAAAGAAAACUUUUCUAUGGUGUCAUACUUUCUCGAAAUGAAAAAUUUAUUACUUGAAGAUUGUUAAAUCUCUAGAGAUAUAACAAGUUCAAGUAAUUUAUUUUCAUUUUCAAGUAUGAACAACAUUAUAUUGUAGAAAUUUUGUUGUUUUUGGUUGUUUCUAAUGUAUUAUUGGUGCUAAUAUGUUCAUUAGGUAGGGUUUUUGGUUUAGUUUUGGGACUGUUUGAACAAGCCAUUUGUAAUACUAUAAUCCGUUUUAUAUAGCUCUUACUAUUAUCUAUUA